UUACCCCUAAAGAAGAAACAUGCCCAAAACCAGACCCAACCGUCACCCCUAAAGAAGAAACAUGCCCAAAACCAGACCCAACCGUCACCCUAAAGAUGAAACUCGCCAAAACCAGAAGUCACCCCUAAAGAAGAAACAUGCCCAAAACCAGACCCAAUGUCACCCCUAAAGAAGAAACAUGCCCAAAACCAGACCCAACCGUCACCCCUAAAGAAGAAACAAGCCCAAAACUAGACCCAACCGUUACCCCUAAAGAAGAAACAUGCCCAAAACCAGACCCAACCGUCACCCCUAAAGAAGAAACAAGCCCAAAACCAGACUCAACCGUCACCCCUAAAGAAGAAAUUUCGCCAAAACCAGAAGUCACCCCUAAAGAAGAAACAAGCCCAAAACCAGACCCAACCCUCACCCCUAAAGAAGGAACUUCCCCAAAACCAGAAGUCACCCCUAAAGAAGGAACUUCCCCAAAAUCAGCCUCAAACGUCACCACUAAAGAGGAGACCUCCCCUAAACCAGAAUCAACCAUCACCCCAAAAUAUGAAAUAUCCCCUAAACCAGCCCCAACCGUCACCCCCAAAGAAGAAACAUCCCCAAAAAUGGACCCAAUGGUCACCCCCAAGGAUGAGACAUCACCUAAACCAGACCCCACAGUCACCGCUAAAGAAGAAACAUCACAAUCAGACCCAACCAUUACCCCUAAAGAAGAACCAUCCCCUAAACCAGACCCCACAGUCACCCCUAAAGAAGAAACAUCACAAUCAGACCCAACCAUUACCCCUAAAGAAGAACCAUCCCCUAAACCAGAACCAGCAGUCACCCUUAAAGAAGAAACUUCCCCAAAAUCAGAAUCAGUACUCACCCCUAAAGAAACUUUCCCCAAACCAGCCCCAACUAUCACCCCCAAAGAGACCUUCCCUAAAUCAGAAACAACCACCACCCCUAAAGAAGAAACUUCCCAAAAACCAGAACCAGCAGUCACCCCUAAAGAAGAAACUUCCCCCAAACCAGAAUCAACCAUCACUCCAAAAUAUGAAAUAUCCCCUAAACCAGCCCCAACCGUCACCCCUAAAGAAGAAACAAGCCCAAAACCAGACCCAACCGUCACCCCUAAAGAAGGAACUUCCCCAAAACCAACCCCAAACAUCACCCCUAAAGAAGAAACUUCAAAGUCUGAACCAGCAGUCACCCCUAAAGAAGGAUCUUCCCCAAAACCAGAAGUCACCCCUAAAGAAGGAACUUCCCCAACAUCAGCCUCAAACGUCACCACUAAAGAGGAGACCUCCCCUAAACCAGAAUCAACCAUCACCCCAAAAUAUGAAAUAUCCCCUAAACCAGCCCCAACCGUUACCCCUAAAGAAGAAACAUCCCCUAAACUGGCCCCAACCAUCAAACCUACCGAGAUCACCCCUAAAGAUGAAAUAUCCCCUAUAUCAAACUUAAUCAUUACCCUAGAAUCAACGACCACCCCUACAGAGAGUGAAACGAUCAGCAGUGGAGGCAAAGCUGAGACUGCCACACCACCAGAGAAACAGGUGCCUUCUGUUGCAAAGAGCAAGGACUCACACAGAGAGGCGCCAGAGAGCAGCACAACUCAGGAGAAACCAGAGGAAAGUACGGCUAAAGAGCCUGAGAAGGUUACGGAUCCCAACGAUGAAACCCCAAAGACAGAGAACGUGAAGGCCAAGGCCUCCGAGGAAAAACCUGAACAUGUGGAGAUAUCUAUUACAAAGACAUCGCCAGUGAAAGAACAGGAUGUAUCAACCAUGGGUUUGAAAGAAAAAACUGUUGACGGGAAGACAACAGAAAGGGCACAAUCUAAAAUAGAUGAGAAAGGCUUUACAAGAGGUGAUGAAGACAGCAAAGAUGACAAAACUGCAAAGAAAACAUCAACAGGGCAGGCUGCUCAGCCAAUUGCAGAAAAGCAAGCUAAACCUAAAACCUGGGACUUAACCUCUUUUUAGAAAGACCAGAUUUAGAGGUCAGUAGACGUUUUCUGUAAACCUGCAUGAUUAGUGCAAGCCUUCGAAGCAAUAUGAGAACUGCUCCACCUUGAAAGAUUAACUGACGCGUAAUAUGUUCAGUAUCAUAAUUCAUAACUGUCAAUUAUGAGACCAUUAAAGAGCUCCUGUGACAUAUGUACUGCAAUAUGGAAUGUAACAAAUCAAAAGCUGUAUUUUGCUGUUCCUAUUUUCUUCUGCCCAAGCGAUGAUGGGAAUUGGGAUGAUAAUGUUCAUUGUUGAUAAUGUGAUUUGAUAAUGCCUGAAUAAGCCAAGAAAUAAAUGCUAUUGGAAGAGCA